CCUCAACAUAUUGUGACGCGUAUUCUUUGGAUUCCUGACGCGUCAUGUCCUCGUUUUUUGAUGUGAGUUCGAAGAGGAAAGACAAGAAAGAGGAAGAAGAAGGUUAUGGCGCAGCGUACUCUAAAUUGGAUAAAACUGUCGUCUUACAAGAAGCUAAAUUAUUCAAUCAAACACCACUGAACCCGCGGAAAUGUGUGCAUAUUCUGACUAAAAUUUUGGUUGUUUUGGAACAGAGUGAAAAGCUGGGUAAAGUUGAGGCAACGGAUGCUUUCUUUGCAAUGACCAAGUUGUUUCAGUCCAGUGAUCAAAAUCUUCGUCGGAUGUUGUAUUUAGUAAUCAAGGAAUUGUCAACUGUGGCGGAUGACGUAAUAAUUGUGACGAGCAGUUUAACCAAAGAUAUGACUGGUCCAGAAGUGGCAUUUCGUGCUCCAGCAAUCCGGGCUUUAUGUACUAUAACUGAUGCGGCGAUGGUCCAAAGUAUCGAGCGGUACCUUAAGCAAGCUGUAGUUGACAAGUCUGCAGUCAUAGCAUCAGCGGUACUGACAUCAGCAUACAGGUUAAUGGACAUGUGUCCCGACAUUAUAAAGAGGUGGACAAAUGAGAUACAAGAAGCGGCCUCAGGUUCUCGUGUAAUGGUUCAGUAUCAUGCUCUUGGAUUAUUGUACAUGAUACGGCGUUCUGACCGACUCGCUGUCACAAAAAUGAUCCAAAAGUUCACACGAUCCACUUUAAGAUCACCAUAUGCUUACUGCCUUAUGAUUAGAAUAGUAGCUAAACAUCUGGAUGAGGAAGGCCUGUCGAAUAGCCCACAGUUAUUUGAGUUUCUGGAGUCUUCUCUUCGUCACAAAUCCGAAAUGGUCAUAUACGAAGCAGCUCGUGCAAUAAUAAGCUUACGAAAUUUAACAGCUAAAGAGUUAGCCCCUGCAGUAGGUGUUCUGCAGCUCCUCUGUACAUCUUCUAAACCUGCGUUACGAUAUGCUGCAGUGCACACACUAAAUGCCGUUGCCAGCAACCAUCCUGCAGCGGUAACUGCGUGCAAUCUUGAUUUGGAGCAACUGAUUGGUGACCCAAAUAGAAGCAUUGCGACUCUUGCUAUAACCACUUUGCUAAAGACUGGUAAUGAAUCAAAUGUUGAACGUCUUCUUAAACACGUAUCUCCGUUCAUGAAUGAAAUAAGCGAUGAAUUCAAAAUUGUGGUAUUGGAUUCUAUUCGUGCAUUGGCGACAAAAUAUCCCAAAAAGUAUACUGUCUUAUUGAAUUUCUUGUCUGGACUCCUUCGUGAUUCAGCUGGUUAUACAUUUAAGAAAGCAGUUGUAGUUGCUAUUGAAUCAAUUAUCAAACAAAUUCCAGAAUCCAAAAGUAUAGGUCUGUUACAGUUAUGCGAGUUUAUAGAAGAUUGUGAACAUGUUAAACUCACCCAACGUAUACUUCACUUAUUGGGACGUGAAGGACCCUUUCUGAAACGACCACGUCAAUUCACCCGUUAUAUUUACAAUAGAGUUAUGCUUGAAUCAGCUCCCAUCAAGUGCACAGCUACAACAGCUCUUGCCAGAUUUGCUGCACAUAAUGAUGAAUUACUUCCUAGUAUUCUAGUGCUUCUUAAACGAAUUAUGAUUGAUGAGGACGAUGAAGUUCGUGAUCGGGCAGCUUUUUAUCACUACAUUUUAUCAACUGAUCAACCCACUUUAAAGUCUGCUUAUCUUUUGAGUGAAGAAAUGCACCUGAGUCCAUCAGGUUUGGAGCGUGCCUUAUUGGAUUAUGUACAUGACUCUCAAGCGGUUGCAAGCAAUCGUUUUUCAUUGGCUACAGUUCCGAUUGCUGCUGUUGUCCAACCUGCUGUAGAUGCCCUUACUGCUGACCUGGAAUCUGACGGUGUAAAAGUUAAAGCGAAGCCAACUGUAAAAACUGGUGAUGAUCGAAACGCAUCGCUUACUUCUGAAACACAAAGGAAACGCACUCAAGAUACCUAUGCUGAACAAUUGGCAGCCAUACCUGAAUUUGCUGGUCUUGGUCCCAUCUUUAAAUCCUCCGCACCAGUUGAACUAACUGAAUCAGAUACUGAAUAUGUAGUGACAUGUGUAAAACACUUAUUCUUAAAUCACUUGGUUUUACAGUUUGAUUGUACUAACACAAUGGGAGAUCAAAUUUUAGAAGAUGUUUACGUCUCCUGUGAACCAGACGAUUCAGCCUUUGAUAUCUUACGCACAAUACCAUGUAAAACUUUGAAAUAUAAUUCUCCUGGUGUAACUUAUGUCUUAAUUAAAUUACCAGAAAGCCUUGAAUACCAUUCUGCUACAUUUAUGAAUACAUUAAAGUUUAGAAUUAAAGAUGUAGACUCUGAUCCAUCAGAUCCUGGUCUGUCAGAUGAAUAUCAACUGGAAGACCUGGUCCUUGGAAUUUCGGACCACGUGCAACGCAUCUCUAAGCAAAACUUCACCAUGGCUUGGCAAGAACUCAAUCCAGAAAGUGAAGUGGAAGAAACAUAUAUGUUAGUAAAGCACAAGACAAUCAAAGAAACAAUGCGGCAAAUUAUCGAACAUCUUGGACUUCAACCGUGUGAUCAAACUGAUCAUAUGCCUCAGGAAGGGAAAUCAUCUCAUCAAUUGUUGUUAUCUGGUGUUUUUCGUGGGGGAUAUGAAAUUUUGGCACUAUGUAAACUAGCCAAAGUGUUAUCAGAUACAUCUCAUGCAAAUGAACAAGGCAUCACCUUCCAAAUCACUGUUCGUUCAUCUGAUCCCAGUGUAAGCCGAAUAAUAGCCGAUGCUAUAGGUUGACGACAAUAGUACACAUACAAUUGCUUGCUUUACUAUUAAUAUUAUUACUUAUUUUGACUUCGAUUCUACUUAUGUAUUGUAUGAAUUCUUCUUGUUUCUUACAUUGGAUUGCUGGUAAUCACGUUGUUUACACAUACACACACACACACAUAAAAGAAAACAAAUUGUCU